AAACUGUGAACUAGUACUACAACCAAAAAGCCAAAAAGAACAGGCCUUUUUUCGGCUUCAAGUGCAGAAAGUACGAUAUAGUGCAGGAAGACAUUUAUGCAUAACGUUAUGAAAUCCUUCCGCGAGGUUCUCGCGAAUGCUAAUAAUAUUCUGAUCCUAACUGGUAGCGGCAUCUCCGCAGAAUCCGGUGUACCGACUUUCCGAGGUGCCGGAGGAUUUUGGCGUAAAUACCAGGCGACGAGUCUCGCGACGCCGGAGGCCUUCGCAGCAAAUCCCUCAUUAGUCUGGGAGUUCUACGAGUAUCGCAGGCAGUUAGUGAGCAAGGUCAAGUCAAAUAAGGCACAUGAAGCUGUAGCAGAGUUUCAAAAGCGUAAAAUAGUAGAGGGUAAAAGAGUAUCGAUCGUCACACAAAAUAUAGACGGUUUGCAUCAGAAAGCUGGAGCAACGGAUGUAGUGGAAUUGCAUGGCUCACUUUAUAGGACGCGCUGUACUAGAUGCGGUGAUGUCGCUGUUAAUAAUAACAUUCCAAUCUGCCCAGCAUUGGCAGAAAAAGGAUCUCCUGAUCCAAGUAUUAUGUCCUCUGAUAUUCCGAUAGAAGAAUUGCCACGUUGCAAGAUCAAGGAUUGUGAAGCGUUGUUGAGACCUGAUAUUGUAUGGUUUGGAGAACAAUUAAACCCAGAUGUGCUACAGAAAGCUUUUGACAUUGUGGAAACAUGCGACGCUUGCUUAGUAAUUGGAACUUCGGCGAUUGUAUAUCCAGCCGCGAUGUUUGCACCGCAAGUAGCGCAACGUAAUGUACCAGUCGCAGAAUUCAACAUAGAGGAAACGCCAGCUACAAAACAAGUACAAUAUCAUUUUCAAGGCCCUUCUACUAUUACUGUGACAGAAGCAUUGGCGCCUUAAAAGGUUAAAAGUGAUUGAAGUAAUAAUAAAAUAAUAAUCGAGCUUUUUCAUAGCAUAAAAAUUAUCACCUCGCAAUAGCACACUUCUGUAUUUAGACCAAGUCGAUUCAAAUAAUCUAACCAUAAUUUUUGUUUGGUUGACAGAGAAUCACCCGGACCCUUUACCUCCACAAUCUUGUACUAAAAAAAAGAAAGAAAUUAUAUUAGGUUAUAAUUUGA